CCUGUUGGGCGCCUGCGCCUGACCCUACAUUCGUCCCGCCCCACGGGGCUGUGAGCUAAGCUCCAGGCCCCACAAGGCUGUCCAACAUGGUGGACUACUAUGAGGUGCUGGGCGUGCCUCGGCAGGCCUCGGCAGAGGCCAUCAAGAAGGCGUACCGCAAACUGGCGCUCAAGUGGCACCCAGACAAAAAUCCUGAGAACAAGGAUGAAGCAGAAAGAAAAUUCAAGCAAGUGGCCCAGGCCUACGAGGUGUUGUCUGACGCUAAGAAACGUGAUGUCUAUGACCGCUAUGGUGAGGCAGGAAUGGACGGAGGCACCAACACCGAUGGGGCUUCCUUCGUUGACCCUUUCGAGUUUGUCUUCACCUUCCGUGACCCAGUGGAGGUCUUCAAGGAGUUCUUCAGAGGCCAGGACCCUUUCUCAUUUGACUUCUUGGGAGACCCACUUGAGGAUUUUUUUGGAGGCCAGAGGAGCUCCCAAAGGAGGAGAAGGUCCGAAUCCCUUUUCUCCACCUUCAGUGAAUUUCCAGCGUUCGGCAGUGGUUUUUCUUCCUUUGAUACAGAAUUUACUUCCUUUGGUUCCCUGGGAAAUGGAGGCCUUUCUUCUUUCUCUAUGUCUUGUGGGAGUGGUGGAACAGGCAGUUUCAAGUCAAUGUCGACUUCCACCAAAAUAGUUAAUGGCAAAAAAGUCACUACCAAAAGAAUCAUUGAGAAUGGCCAAGAAAGAAUAGAAGUGGAAGAAGAUGGGAAGUUGAAGUCUCUUCUGAUAAAUGGCAAAGAGCAGUUGCUACGCCUCAACACCAAGUAACUCCCCUCGACUUGAAACACAUUUUGAGGGAUAGAAGGCCGUUUUGUUAAGAUGGCAAGUGAAAUCUACUUUCAGACCAACUGUACCCAAAAAUUUUUAAACAAUUCGUGAUAGUGCCGACUUGUUGUUAUUGUUGUGAUUACAUGAAUAGAAUGUUUUUAAAACCUUUGAAAAUAUCAGUAUACAUAUU